AGCCAAAACAUAAGUAACAUCGAUUCAAAAAUAAGAAAAAACAUCAAACGUGAUCAUUCACAAUCAAGCGAAAGAUAAACAUAGUUAGUGAUAGAAAGAAAACCAGAUAAAUGAAAUCAUAAAAAAAAAAUUAAGUUUUCAUGAAAUGAAAAACAUUAUUCAAUGAAAACAAAACCAAAAUCUACAAACUUCAAGCUUCAACCGCCACGCCACAUUCCACCACCAACAUUCAUGUAAUAGAUAAUUAUUUUAGAAGCUCAAUAAUAUCUUAAAGUAUUUUGGAUACAUAUUAAGAAUUAAGAUCUUAUUUGGUAGAAGUUUUUUUUUGUGAUUUUAAAUGUUUCAGAUUUUAUCGGAUAUUCAUUUAGGUCCGGGUUCGGUUCGGAUAAUACCCAUAACCCAAAAUACUAAAAAACAAGAUCCAUUUGGUAUUUAUUUCGGAUUCGGAUUGGUUCAGAUUCAUUUUCAUCGGAUUGGAUUCGGUUCGGAUUUUCGGAUUCAGUUUAUUUGCUCAGCCCUAGUUUGUUCCAUGUUGUCUCACUUGUCAUUAUUUGUCACUACCUGAGGAAGCCGAUCAUUUGAAAACACGCCAAACUCUACAAGACACUCAAAGAACCCUUCUCUUUCUUUUUAUUUUUCAUCUGUUGUUUUACGUUUUAACAUUAACAUCCAAAGUUAACAAUUAAUCACAAAUUCGAUUUCUUUCCUUCAGAAUGUCAACGGCUAUGUCUUACCAAUCAAUCUAUUCCUUUGUCUCUCAACAGUCUUCCACAAUCUCUCAAUCUUCAAGACAGCCUCUGCUCCUGCCAACAAAAUGUCUCAAGAUCGAUUCAUCACUUUGUUAUUAUACCUCAAGAAGAAAGAGAAACUUAUCCAAGAUUGAAACAAUAUCCUCUCAGAUAUCAGUUUCUUACAACACUACUCUCUUGUCUCCUUCUAAGAACAUCAUCCCUGACAACUCUCAGAAAAAAUCAAGUAAUAUGAUCCUUCGAAGUUCUUCAAUAUCAUAUAAGAAUCAUAAUUGGUUUUGUAUACUUACCCUUUUGUUCUAUGUUUUAGAUGAAGCAGCUCUGAUAUUGAUUAGGCAUGGAGAGUCUUUAUGGAACGCCAAGAAUCUUUUCACGGGUUGUGUUGAUGUGCCAUUGACAGAGAAAGGUGUUGAAGAAGCUAUUGAAGCAGGGAAGAUCAGCAACAUACCUAUCGAUGUUAUCUUCACAUCCUCUCUAAUCCGUGCUCAGAUGACUGCAGUGCUUGCCAUGAUUCAACACCGUCGUAAGAAAGUUCCUAUCAUAUUACACAACGAAAGCGACCAGGCCAAAUCUUGGAGUCAAGUGUUCAGUGAAGAAACUAAAGAUCAAUCAGUUCCUGUCAUACCUGCAUGGCAGCUCAACGAAAGAAUGUAUGGAGAGUUGCAAGGUCUGAACAAGCAAGAAACAGCGGAAAGAUAUGGGAAGCAGCAAGUCCAUGAAUGGCGUAGGAGUUAUGACAUUCCUCCUCCUAAAGGAGAGAGCUUAGAGAUGUGUGCUGAGAGAGCAGUGGCUUACUUUGAGGAAAAUAUAGAACCAAAGCUUGCAGCUGGAAAGAACGUAAUGAUAGCUGCUCAUGGGAACUCUCUGCGGUCUAUCAUAAUGUAUCUAGACAAAUUGACUUGCAAGGAGGUGAUAAGUCUGGAGCUAUCGACUGGUAUACCACUUCUCUACAUCUUCAAAGACGGCAAGUUCAUGAAGAGGGGAAGCCCUGUUGGUCCUACAGAAGCUGGUGUCUAUGCGUAUACCAAGGUUAGGCAUCGUUUCUACUGUUCUACCAUCUUCGUCUUCUUUGAGUUCUCUGUCUUAGAUGGUUCUCUUUGCUUGCAGAGAUUGGCUCAAUACAGGCAGAAGCUGGACGAGAGCAGUGAAGUCAUCUGUUCCUGAAGUUAAAUGAAGAAAUAGGUUGUUAAUAUACGUAGCUUAUUUCCCUCAAGAUUUGGACCUUAGAGCGGUUUAUAAAGUGUUGUAAACAAAACACGAAGAAAACAAGAACACAGAAGAAAAAAAACAUCAUUGAAGCAAAUAUCCGUUUUACUAUUUGUAAUUUUGUAUAUUGACUAUGUAAAUGAAUAAUAUACAAUAUUUUAAACUCAGAUUUAUGCAGCUUUAAAAUCAGAUAUUAUUUUUCUGUUUAGGAAUUUAAUCUAUUAAAAGCGGUUUUCCUAA